GAAGUGGUUCUGUAUUGUUUGGAAAACAAGGUGUGUGAUGUGAAUCAUCGUGACAACGCGGGUUACUGUGCCCUGCACGAGGCCUGUGCCAGAGGCUGGCUGAGCAUCGUGCGGCAUCUCCUCGAGUACGGGGCUGACGUCAACUGCAGCGCUCAGGAUGGAACCAGACCAAUCCAUGAUGCGGUCGAAAACGAUCACUUGGAAAUUGUCCGCCUGUUACUGUCUUACGGUGCUGAUCCAACGCUUGCGACCUACUCUGGGAGGACCAUCGUGAAAAUGACCCACAGUGAGCUCAUGGAGACCUUCCUCACAGAGUAUUUAACUGACCUGCAAGGUCGAAGUGUUGAUGACCCUGGUUUGUACUGGGAUUUCUAUGGCAGCUCUGUGUGCGAUCCAAAAGAUGAAUCUGGAUUUGACAUCUUGGCAAAUCCACCCGGCCCAGGUGAUGAAGAUGAAGACGGCUUUAGUGAUGUGUUUGAAUUUGAAUUUUCAGAUGAGCCUCCCUUGCCAUGUUACAACAUUCAAGUGUGUCUCUCUCAGGGACCGCGAAACUGGCUUUUGCUCUCGGACGUGGUGAAGAGGCUAAAAAUGUCAUCUCGCAUCUUCCGCUGCAACUUCCCCAAUCUGGAAGUUGUCACCAUCACGGAGGCAGAGUUUUACAAACAGACUUCCCUCAGCCAGUUGUUCUCUUGCGCUACGGACCUUGAAGCUUUUAACCCGGAGAGCAAAGAGCUGUUGGACUUGGUAGAGUUUACAAGCGAACUCAAGACUUUGCUCGGUUCCUCGCUUGACUGGUUGCAUCCGCACGAGGAGCCUCCCUUCGACAUCCUCUGGUGAACCAUCAGGCCAUUUAAUGUACAGUGCUCUAUACAGUUACUUCUUUAUGUAUAUGUGUUCAAAUGCAAUUGUUUCUGUAAAGAAAGGACACUAUUAAAUAUGAAAAUAUCUUCCCUUUAUAUAAGAGAUCUGAAUUCCAGUUGGAUGGAUUUUGGAAGAAUUUUUUUUUAAAUUCAAUCAGUUUUUACAAAAUUGUUAUAUAAUGUUUCUUUAAAUGCACACAGGCUUUGGGAUAAGUUUGUUAUUACUCGGAACACAUUUUUUUUUUAAAGAACACACCCACACAUUGACUUUGUUUCAUACAAAGCACUGAUUACACAGAACAUACUUUUUCUAGGUGAUGUGAUCAAAGUCGUGUGGCUUGUUUGGGAGAGAGAAUUCAGUAAGGCACUUGGUGAUAUUAUUUUUGUUUUUUUGUUUACAGAAUUACCUGCUUUGGCCAGGUAAGCACUAUUGAAUAUAAUUCAAUAGUUUGUAAUAUAAAUUAAACCAUAUCCAUACACAUCAACUAAUUGUAAGAACUUUUAUAUCCUAAUUUAAAAGCUGUGAAAUUUAGUUUUCACACAUCAAACCGGAUUGUUUAUAUAUGUUUAAACAUUUUAUGCUCUUUAUUUAAAGAAGACUUUGAACUAUUUUUUCUGUACCUUGUAAAAUAUUGAAAAACUAACAUAUGUUGAAGUUGCUUGAAACUGUACAUAAACUAAAUUUUCUGAAUUGUGUGUUUAUGUUUGAGAUCUGUGUUUUAACUUUGUAAGUAAAUCUCCUGCCUUUGUAUUUAUAUUUUACAAAAAUUUUCUUAAAGGCAAUAAAACUGUUGAGAAACGAAG